AUGAGGGAGCGCUCAGCACUGGCCCACGGUGAUGGUGUCUUCUUCAAAGGCAAUAAAAGUCUCAUCACCGAGAUCUCCACCUGCGGCUCCAAGAACCUGAUGGCCUGCGGCAGGUGCAGACACCCGAAGCUGACGCCCGCCCGGCCCCGCAGGACCCUGCGCAUGGGGUGGGCGAGCUCCGUCUGUAAGCAGUCAGCUGGCAGAGCCGUGAGCCCCAAGUCCGUCUGCGAGGGCUGCCAGCGCGUCAUCUCGGACAGGUUCCUGCUGCGGCUGAACGACAGCCUCUGGCACGAGCAGUGCGUGCAGUGCGCCUCCUGCAAGGAGCCCCUGGAGACCACCUGCUUCUACCGGGACAAGAAGCUCUACUGCAAGUACGACUACGAGAAGCUGUUUGCUGUCAAAUGUGGGGGCUGCUUUGAGGCCAUCGCGCCCAACGAGUUUGUGAUGCGGGCCCAGAAGAGCGUGUACCACCUGGGCUGCUUCUGCUGCUGUGUGUGUGAGCGGCAGCUGCAGAAGGGGGACGAGUUUGUCCUGAAGGAGGGCCAGCUGCUCUGCAGAGGCGACUAUGAGAAGGAGCGGGAGCUGCUCAGCCUGGUGAGCCCAGCGGCGUCCGACUCCGGCAAAAGUGAUGAUGAAGAGAGUCUCUGCAAGUCUUCCCACGGGGCAGGGAAAGGAGCCACUGAGGACGGCAAGGACCAUAAGCGCCCCAAACGUCCCCGAACCAUCCUGACAACCCAGCAGAGGCGGGCGUUCAAGGCCUCGUUUGAAGUGUCGUCCAAGCCGUGCAGAAAGGUGAGGGAGACGCUGGCUGCGGAGACAGGGCUGAGCGUCCGUGUGGUCCAGGUGUGGUUUCAGAACCAGCGCGCUAAGAUGAAGAAGCUGGCCCGGCGGCAGCAGCAGCAGCAAGACCAGCAGAACACGCAGAGGCUGGGCACCGCUCAGACAAAUGGUGGCGGGGGUGCAGGGCUGGAAGGGAUCAUGAACCCCUACACGGCCCUGCCCACCCCGCAGCAGCUGCUGGCCCUCGAGCAGAGCGUCUACAGUGCGGACCCCUUCCGGCAGGGCCUCACCCCACCCCAGAUGCCUGGAGACCACAUGCACCCCUACGGUGCCGAGCCCCUUUUCCACGACCUGGAUAGUGAUGAUACCUCCCUCAGUAACCUGGGUGACUGUUUCCUAGCAACCUCAGAAGCUGGGCCCCUGCAGUCCAGAGUGGGGAACCCCAUUGACCACCUGUACUCCAUGCAGAAUUCUUACUUCACCUCCUGAGUCCUCCCCUGGAGCUCGGUGGCUGGGCUCCUAUGGAGCACCCACAGUGGGAGGGGGCGGCUGGCUGUAGGACGGGGAGGCGGGAAGAGGUGGGCUGGGGAGGGCGUCUU